AUGUUGACUGCUUGUUGCACUUCGGCAAGGAUGGAUUUUUCUGAUCAUUUAUUCGACGCUGAUCGUAGCAAAUCAUCGACACCCAUUCAAUAUGAUUCCGGUCGCUCAUCUAAAAGAAAUGAUAAUGUUUCAAGAACAUCAAGAACAACAACUUGUAGUGAGCACGUUGACUUCGUUGACAACGACGAUGAUUAUUACAAUGAGUAUAAAAAUUAUGAUUUUGACAAAGCACCAGUUUGCGUUCAAAAUAGUCUGGUUAUUGCUGGCAACUGUCAUGUGAAAGCAUAUGUAUCUCAUAUCAAUCAUAUCUCAGCAUUUUUUGUACAAUUACCGUCAUCACAAUUAAAAUUUCAACAAUUACAGAUUCAAAUGAAGCAAGAAUAUAAUUUAAAAUGUUUUGUUAUUGCCACUAAACAUUGCCUUCUGUUUAGCGAAUGUUAUUUAAAACAUGCCAUAAAGGAAACUUUAUCGUUACAUCAAGGUGAUUAUUGUGUAGCUCAAUAUUCACAAGAUAAAAUUUUUUAUCGGGGAAGGAUACUCGACAUCAAGAAAAAUCCAGAAAUCGAAUAUGAAGUAGUUUUUAUCGAUUUUGGCAAUUCUGAAUGGAUGCGAAAAGAAAAUAUUCGACCAAUGUUCAAAGAAUUUAGUUUUUUGCCUGCGCAAGCUAUCCCUUGCACACUUUCGAAAGUAAUGCCACUGAAUUCUGAUCGUCCAACUUGGUUGAGUGAUAAAGGAAAACAGGCUGUUCAAAUAUUUAAAAAUCUGAUUUUUGACAAAUAUGUUGAUGUUACAUUUUUACCCAAUACCGAUUUCUGGUCAUUAUGUUUUGUCAAAAUUGUCGACGAAAAUGGUCAGGAUAUUCGUGAUUUUUUGAUUCAACAGAAUCUUGUUAAAGCUACAAAAGGAAAUACUGAUUUAUCUGCCGAAUUGAAUUUAUUGUUCACGAAACGAGAUUACAUCAUGUACGCAAUUCCAUAUGAAGGUGAUGGAUAUGAUAAUUUCGAUAUGUGA